AUGCAUGGCAUUCCCUGGAGCAUGGAUUGCACACAAGCGCGCCCCACCCCUCCCCCCUGUCCCUGUGCCCCUCGCAGUCUCCUGGCAACGUCCCCCCUGCACGGCCUUUCCAGUACUGCCGCCCACUCACACCUCGUCGCUGCUCGCAAGGGCGGCGAGGAGCGGAGGCGGGGCGGCAUGGCGUGGACGGACGUGCUGGGGUGCUGCGUGGGCGCGCUGAGGGGCGCUGCUCAGACGUGUCUACUGCUCUUUGCCUCGCUCUUCCUCCUCUCAGGCGACUUCCCUCCUGGCCUGCUCGCCCUGCUGCUCGCCGCCUUCUCUCUGUUGCUUCAGGUGGGCCUCAGGUGCCGCCUCAGGUGGGUGGAGCACCACCUGCGCCAGGCAUCCCUCACCCUCCCCAGAGCCCUGGUAAUCCGAAACGGCUGCAUGGAAUCAGUUCCUGCAAGCACAGUGGUAGUAGGAGACCUGGUGAUGCUUAUAAAGGGGAUGGAGGUUCCAGCAGACAUACGUCUGAUCUACACUGCUGCGCUGCUAUUGGACGAGGCGCCCAUUCACGGCAUGCUGCAUGCGCCCGCCCUCAAGUCCCACCUCCCCCCGUCCGCCUCUGCUGUGGAUCCGCGCCUCUGUGCCAAUGUGGCCCUCCGGGGGUGCGCCGUGGAGGAGGGGUGGGGCGUGGGCGUGGUGUAUGCAGUGGGGGGGGAUACGGUGCUGGGGGCGCUGCUGGGGGAGCGAGCAGGGGAGGAGACGGAUGGGAAGAAGGGGAGGAAGGGGAAGGGAGGGCGGGGAGAGUUGGGGGAGAAGAGGCAGGGGCGGAGGGAUGAGUGGGAGGAGGUGAUGGGAGAGGAUAGUGAUGGUGAUGAUGAUGAUGGGGAUGAGGAGCAGGGGGGCAUGGUGGGCAUGUUGGAGGUAAAGCGGGACGAGGGACAAGGGGACUGGGUGCCGUGUGCUGAGAUGGGUCACACCCCACUUCCCCCAACCACUCCCAACCAUCCGUACCACUCCCAACCGUAUCUCAACACGCACGACAACACCACCACCACCACCACUCAGGACGAUAUCCCUGGCACCCACGUCUGGCCCUCCCCACACUCCCCUCUCCCCUCCGCGCUCCUCCCUUCUCGCAUCUCCACUCUCGCCCUCCGCCUCGCUCGCCUGCUAGGCUUCUCCGGUACGGCCCUGGCAGUGGUAGCAGCGCUGCUCUUCUCUCUCCGCCAGCGCCCCUGGCAGGACUGCCUGCUGCUGCUGCUCUCCCUGCUGCUGCUCUCUCUCCCCGACUCCCUGCCGCUGCUCCCUGCAGUGCACCUGGCUGAGACAGCCAUGGGGCUGAGGCGAGCAGGCGUGGUGGUGCGAGCGGGGGGGCAGAGAGCGGUAGAGGCGGUGGCGCUGUGCCGCUCUGCUCUCUUCCACGCGCCGCUGCUGCCGCACGCCCGUUCCCUUGGUGCUUCUGCACUGGAGGGUCGUGAGGUGCGGGAUGAUGGGCGUGGUGGGCGUGGUGGGGGGGGUGUGGUGGAGGGAGGAGGAGGGGGUGAUGGGGGGGUGUGGGGAGCGAGAGGGGCGGCAGAUGGGGUGGAGGUGGCGGCAGUGCUGCUGGCAGAUGGGACCUGCCUUACUGCUGCCGCCUGCGCUAGUGGUGUGUGCGUGAGAGGGGAGGAAGGUGGGGGAGGGAAGGAGGUGGUGACGAGUGGAGAGGAGGAGGAGAAGGGCGCUGGCGAUGGGGAUGGGCAAGGCAGCGAGGUUGUGGGGCAGCGAGGCGGGGAGGAGGAGAGGGCAGAGAGCCGCAUGGCGCACUGGCAGCAUGCAGUGAGGCACGCACUGGCAGGGGAGCAGGAAGCGACUCAGGCGAGUUUUGCCAGGGACAGAGGGGGUGAGGUGGGGGCGUUGGAGGGAAUAGAAAGAAGGGGAGAUGAGCCUCUGGGGCAGGGAGAGGGGAGUAAAUUGGGGCGAAUCAAAGGGGGUGCGGAGGGGGGAGGCGAGGAGAGGUUUGGCAGCAGUGGUGGUGCUGGGGGGAGUGCUGCUGGGGAGGGGGAGGGUGUGAGAGAAGGGGGGAGAGGGGGGGGCGAGGAGGGAGGGGAGGAGGGAGGGGAGGAGGGAGGGGCGGUGCAGUUGGCGUGGUGGUUGGCUCAGUGUGAUGGGGAGGGACGCGCAUGGAUGGGUGCGAGUGAUGAUGUGGAUAGAGCUGUGCUCGCUGCACUGGUUAAAGGCAUGUGGGACGAUGGUAGGAGGGAAGCAGCACAGCAGCACCAGCACCAACAACAACGACUGCAGCAGCAGCAGCAGCAGCAGCAGCAGCAGCAGCAGCAGCAGCAGCAGCAGCAGCAGCAGCAGCAGCAGCAGGAAUCCUCCACGCUCUUGCUGUGUGCUGCAUAUUCAUUCAUGCCUGUCAUCAUGCACAUGCAUUCUUGCCUUCCUUGUUUGGACCUUCCACAGCCGCAGCAGCAGCAGUCACCCCACAUGAGCAGCCCUGCAGCGACAGGUGCAGAGGCAGCGGCGGCAGGAGCAGCAGCAGUGCAAAGAGGGGCAGGGAUGGAUCAGCGGGGUGGUGUGAGCACAGCACAGCAGAGCGCGGAGGAGGGGGGGAUUGUGUUUCUGGGCGCAAUAGGAGUGAGGGAAGCGUGGGAUCUCGCGACCACUAAAUGGGCGGUUGACAGGUGGCAAGAUCUGGGCGUGCAGGCGGUGGUGAUGACGGGCAAUCACUGUGAUCCGGCACACGCCUCUGCCUUCCCUCCCACCACCACUGCCAGUGGGUCUGGCGGUAGGGAUGACGCUGCUGCAACUGCUGCGGCUGCUGAUGCCCCUGCUGCUGCUGUUGAUAGCAGUGGUGUGGCCUUGCAAUGUGGGUUUUCUGGUUCUGCUUCGUCUGCACCUCCCAGUGCAGCAGCAGCUGCACAGCUGGCAAGUGAGGGCCAUCAGCUGCUGUGGCUGCCCCAUGGUGCGUGCUGCUCGCGUGCUGAGAAGUCGGGAGAGUGGGGGAAGUGGGACGAGGGGGGGACGGGGGAAGCUUGCGCGGGAGAGGGGGAAUGGGGGAUCGUAUCGCAAGCUCACUCUCCUGUGGCCCACCUGCAUGCUGUCUUCUUCUCGCACCCACCUUGCGUCCCCAGAGAAGCUUCCUUGCCUCACUUUCCACAAUCCUCUUUCCCCGACCCUUUCCGUCUCCCCGCAACCCCUCCCUCCCACCCAUCCUCCCCUUCCCUGGCAGCUCCCUUCAUCCCCGCGCACAUCACCACAUACACAGACACGCCUCUCCUCUCCCUCACCUCCUCCCCCUCGUCCUCCUCACCCCACUCGCCCCCAUCCCCUGUGCUCCUCGCGCCUCUCUCCUCCUCCCCCUGCAUCGCCUGCAAGGCAACCCUACUACUGCCCCCACCACCCGAAUCCUCCCUCCUUGAGAGUUCGGCCAGGAGCAGCGGAGAGCACAUGGGAGGAGGAGGAGGAGGAGGAGGAGGAGGAGGAGGAGCAGCAGAGGAGAGAAGAGAGACCGUGGCAGAUGCAGCACAGGGGCAGAUGGCAGUGGUGCAGGGAGCAGUGGCUGUGUGUCGCCGUGCCCUGCUGCUGCAUGUGCGCGCUGCUCUCGCCUUCCACAUGGGGGCUCGUCUCGGCAUCGUGGCUGCCAUUGCCCUCUCUGCUUUGCUCCUCGGCAGGCAAUGCUCUUACCUUCUCCUGCUCUCAUCCCCCCUUUUCCUCCGCGUCUCUCGCCUUCGUUGUUCUUCUUCGCGGCUGCCUUCUCCUGCUCCUCCGUUGAGAAUCCUACCUGUUAGUUACGACACUGUAUUCGUUGUGUGA